GCGCGGAGGCCUCCAGUAUGUAAUCAUUAACGAGUUUGACAGCUUGCGGUUUAUAUAAACACGACGAUCGUUGGCACUUUAGUAAAACAGCAUUAUUGGAUCAUUAGGUCAACUUAGCUUCGACAACAAGACUUGUUAAAGCCAAAACCACGAAACUUUAGUUGAUGGAGAGCGCGGCCAAAUUCGAGGUUUUGCUUCCAAAUGACGAUAUUGAAUGUCUGGAAAUUGCAAGUGACAAAACUGUUUAUAACCUGAAACUCAUCUGCGAGGAGCACUUCGGAGUUCCGGUUGAAUUACAAGCAAUUUAUUUGGUUGAUAACGACGAUGUGGAACUACAAGACUGGGCAUGUCUUAAAGAUGCUGCAACGCAUACGUUCAAAUUACAAGUACCGAUUUGCUGGUUAAAAUUACUGACUGGGAUAUUGAACAAUGAGAUUGAGCAUGUGUUCCGAAGAGUUCAGUUCCCAAUGCAGCAAAUAAGUCGAGAGGAAAGGCUUUUUGUAUCGCUUUUUAUGAGUUGUUGUAGAGGUAACUCGGAGAUGUCUAAAAGGCUGCUAGACUUGGAUAUUUUGGUGGAUUUAAAGACUGCGACAAAUUCAAAAAGAACUCUCCUCCACGCUUGUGCUUUGAGUGGCGAUAUCAAGAGCUUAGAAAUGAUCUUUAAACAUUUGAUGAGCUCAAGCAUUGAUUGUAUCAGUGCCCUGGACGUGAACAGAGAAAGUGCUAUGGACAUUGCAAAGCGCUUAGGUAAGGAAGACUUAGCGAAACGAUUGAUAGAAUACUUGUUUGUUGAAGACGAAGAAAAGCGUAUUGGACGGGGUUCUUUUGAGUCCGGUAUUGGUUUAUCUGACGACGAAAAUAAUGAAGCCAUGCCACACCAAGCACAAACAAACACAGCGUGCAAUAUCAACACCUCGGUUUCCAGUAAUGAAAGAGGUGUCACGAAAGUUAAACAAAACGGACCGAGAAAGGAAAAUGAUAGUUUAGGUGACAAAGAUCAUUCUAAGGACUUGCUUAGCAACGGAGUUUUAACUCUAGGUAGAGAUGAUAUCGGAAAAAGUGUCGAGUCCAUUCCUGCAGAAAACACUUCCUGUGGUGAGAGUCAUGUGAUAGGUUCAAGCAAUGACCAAAUCACUCCUCGAUCUUCUAGCUCUUUUUCCAGUUUAUCGGUUGAGGUUGACAAAGUCUCAUCGUCCUAUCCAAUAAGACCGACAAGUUUGUCGGUGAAGCCUUUACUAGGGCGACGCCGCGAGAUUAGUGAGGAGCCAAUCACAGGGCGUCGUCGGGUUGGACGGAUUCACGUCCCUAAUAUUAAUGUCUACGAUGAGAGUUCCGAUGAGGAAGACCGUUUACCGCAACUAGAGGAGACUAGAUGUGUCGUGGGGCACAAAAGCCUUCAAAGGUCCCGGUCAACAGGGAGCAACACCCAGGCACCUUGGAAAAUAGAGAGACAUCACUUUCGCUCCAUCAGCCCACCCAACUCUCCCGUCACAACACCAAGGCAAAGUCCAACAUCCGAAAACCCAAAUCUUGAAAUAAAAGAAGAGAGAGAUGUAUUUGAUACAAGAAGCGCGCCAACCUCCCCACAGGUAUCCCGAUCCCAAAUUCCCGGGAAUAUAACGCGCGCGCGAUCACCGGCCCCGCCGAAUUCGGCUAGUUUUCGCGCCCAAAGUAGAAGACAGUCGGAGCCGUUCGCGCCAGCACGUAUAAAUGGCGGUAGCAAUGGAGUACGAUUUACAAGGCUGCGCAAAGGUUCUGUCAUGUUGCCUCAGAGCCCAGAAUUUGCUAGUAUUCCAGGACAGAGAGUCAAGUCAAAAUCAAUCUGCGAGUCGAAUAUCUCGGAUUCCGUGCGAAGUCACCUCUUGAGUCGAUCCAUGGAUUCUGGGCAGCGCCUCGAGAAACCAUGGAAUGCGUGGCUCGCCGCCAAGCGAGGGGAGACCUCCGCCACCCUGGCACCCACCCCCGAGGAGAGCCUCAAGGUACCGGCCUCACCAGGGGGCAGGAAGAGGUCCUUCCAGCAGUGGCUCAACGAGAAAGACAUGGACGAGAUGAGACGGCUCCACGAGGAGUCACAGAUUGAGGCUCAGAAAGUCGCGCAUAGAUCAGGGAAACAGAUAAAAGGAAAAUCGUUUGAGGAUUGGCUUGAAGACAAACACCGCGAAAGCCAACGAGAAAAAGAGAAAGAAAAGGAGAAAGAGGAUGAGCACAAGGGAAAAGUCGAGAUGAAGCAACAAAGAAGAAGAAUGUCACAGGCCAAAUACCAGUCGUGGCUACAAGACAAGGAAUUACAAGCUCUAGAAGAAGAGGAGAAGAGGCUCGGCCAAGCGAAAGAGCAGCUCGAAAAGAUGAGGCGCAAGUGGGAAGAGCAGGAUGAAUUGAAAAAACAACAAACGUCUUCAAGCAAGCGUUCGGUAAUCCGGACACAGAGUUGUCCGACUAACAAACAGCAUGAUAUAUCACGUCAGAGGUUCAGCAGCCUGCAAGCGUCAAAAUAAUAAUCGCCGGUAUUAUAUAACAUGAACAUUUAUACCUAAUACAGGUCAAUCAGACAUAUAAGGCUUUCCUUACCAGAUGUAUAUGAUUCUCGUAGGGAAUAAACCGCUGUCAUUUUUUUACUUAGGGCACCUCGUUACUAAGGCAACUCGUUACUAAGGGCAUCUCGUUAAUAAGGCACCUCUUUUAUAAGGCACCUUGUCACUAAGGGCACCUCGUUACUAAGGCACCUUAUUACUAAGAGCACCUCGUUACUAAGGGCACCUUGUUACUAAGGCACCUUAUUACUAAGAGCACCUCGUUACUAAGGCACCUUAUUACUAAGAGCACCUCGUUACUAAGGGCACCUUGUUACUAAGGCAUCUUAUUACUAAGGGCACCUCGUUUCUAAGGGCACACGUUUCUAAGGGGUGGUCGAACCUUUUUUUAACUCUUCCUAAGCACUAAAAGCAAACACAUUUUCAGGUUUGCUAAAUUGCGGUCCCUUUUCUGAUUACACUUGAUACAUUCAUGCCCAGUUGUUGUUAGGAUAAGAGGAUGUGGGAUGAUUCACUAGCGCGAGACCCCCUAAGGGAUAGAAGUUAGUUUAGUUGAGACUGGUCCAACGUGUAAAUAAGUAGAUAUAGGUAAGCAUGUAGUUUGUCGGUUUGUUCUCUUCAAUUCAAGACAUUUAAGACACGGUAACUGUAGAUUGGAACCAGAGUUAUUGGAUUCUUCUUUUCUCCACCACUUCUCCCUUCCACAGCUCGUGUGCGGUCAAGCACACAAUUCAACGCCACGGCACGGGUCGUCAGCCGACCACCCAAAAUUUUAGAUGCUAAUAUAAAUCUUCAAUUUCUCGGUUCUUUUUAUGGGUCGUAGCGUACCAAAACUCAAUGGAGCACGCGCAAACAUCGCGUGCGCCAUACACGCAAGGGUUUUAGACUUCUCUAAAAGCCUUUUGUGUUUAUGUGAUAAUUAUCUGUUUUAAGCCGUCUUUUCUGUUAUGGUUUACAUUGUUGUGAAACAAUUUGAAGCAAUAAGAUUGUGUUUAUAUUAUUUGUGCAGUCAACCAAGUAAAAAAAAGAAAAAAACAC